AUGAAAUUAAAUAAUAAAAUUCGGCAUGGUUGCUCUUAACUUCCAACUGUUUAUCAAUUACUUACUUACUUGCUUUACUUUCCAAAUAUUUUAACUUGUUUCCUAUUAAUAUCUUUGCUGGAUGAAUCAGUAAGUUUGUUAUUGGCAUUAGGCUAUACAUUUUAUAAUGCUAGGACUUUUAACUAUACUUUCAUUGUUUUCUAGUGGUAAGACUACUCUAAGCUGUCCGACUGAUCAAUUUUUGUUAUUAUAAUUAGAAUAUCGUAAUCAAGGGUAAACUAAAAUUUAUAUUAUGAAGAAAACUGUUUGCAUAUGAAAAUUAUAAAUUGGAAUCUUACUGCGAUAUUUGUGAAGCCUAUGUGAAGGAAAAUACGAAGCAUUGUAAACAUUGUAAUAGGUUGUAAAAAAUACUUAUUUUAGAUGUUGCCAAGAUUUUGAUCAUCAUUGUAAAUGGGUUAAUAAUUGCAUAGGGAAUUUAAAUUAUAAAAUUUUUAUGAUGAUGGUAACGUCAACAAUGUUACAAUUUAUUUACACACUGAUUGUUUAUAUCAGAAUUAUAAUAUUAUAUAAUACAUAGAAUGAAAAGUUAUUAAUAGACAAUGAAAUUCAAAAGUUUGUAUUAAAUUUCAUUUUAGAUUAAGCAUUUUUUUAAAGAAAACGAUUUAGACAUCAAGUACACACUCUCAUUAAUAAUGCUUGUAGAUUCUAUUAUUUUUUCGAUGCUGCUCCUCUAAUUAUUCAUUUUCCACAUAUAUCUAAUAAUCAAUGGAAUUACCACUUAUGAAUUUAUUGUGAAUCCCAAUAUCAAAAAAAUAAAUCCACAAAACAAUAAUUUGAGAGCCCUCCCUGAAAACAUACCCAAGGCAGUUCCAUAAACUCAAAUAAUUUUUCAAAUUGACCAUAAAAAUACAAUGUACUCUUGAUGGAUUAAUUUUAGAAUCGAAUUAAAUAGUAGUGAAUAAUAGAUGAUCUAGGAUCCCUAAGAUAAACAUUCAAAUUCAAAUGAAAUUGUAUUUAAUAAUUAGAUAUUGGCAUGA